CUCCCGUACUGCGGUUUAUAUGGGGAGUAUAGUGAAACACUGGGCUCUGCAGCGCUCCCUAAUUACUGUUGUCAGCACGUGCUCCUCUGGCCCGCUAAUUUUGUGAUUCGAAUUAGAGCCUUGAUUAUCACAUUCUCUCACAACGGAGAGAAUAUGGGCACCGCAUUCUCAGAUGUGUAUGCAGGCGUGUACUUCCCCAGUCUGUCUAUUUAUCGUUCGGCCACCGUAUCGGUCAAUUUCGGCCCCACAUUUCAACAUCCGCCUACCGAUGUUCCAGAUUGGAAACCGGUAACUGUGCAUAUAUAUUUUUUUCCGAAUUCACCUUUGCUAUGA